AUGCCCCACAAUUCUUGGGGAUUUCCCUCGGAUUGUCGGGGAUCUGAGCGGAUCAAAGAUGCUCUCCCUACAGGAGGCCUUGGCAACUCCCUCCAGCUCCAAAAUCCUCAACAUGCGGAUGGGAAUCCACCCGCGAGUGAUGAGAUCCUCGACAUUAACCAAGAGCUCAUUCCUCCAGAAGCACCAGCGAGCAGCUUCCUGCUGGAGGGAGACAUCGUCAAGGUGAGUCCUUUCAGAGUGUUUUCAUCUGCAAGCCCAAAAUGGCCAAAGAGAAGAGGAACGGUCCAAAUUCCCUACAUCAUCUCCUACAAAUAUGACAAGCCUAGUGUGAAGAUCAUCAAGGAAGCAUUUGCAGACUUCGCAAGGUUCACAUGCAUCAAGUUUGUUCCAUACUCGUACCAGAGAGAUUUCAUCUCUAUCAUGCCGAUGUCUGGGUGCUUCUCCAGCGUUGGACGCACUGGUGGGAUGCAGGUGGUCUCCCUAGCACCUGCUUGCCUCAGAAGGGGGAAAGGGGUGACUCUGCACGAACUCAUGCAUGUGGUGGGUUUCUGGCAUGAGCACUCCAGGGCUGACCGGGACAAGUACAUUAGCAUCUCCUGGAAUGAAAUCUUGACUGGUUUUGAAAUUAACUUCAUGAAAUCCUGGAACAGCAACAUGUUGGUGAACUAUGACUAUUCCUCAGUCAUGCACUAUGGCAGGUAUGCCUUUAGUAUGACUGGCUUGCCCACCAUCAUACCACUCUCCAAUCCUUACGUUGCUCUUGGACAGAGGUGGAAUCUGAGCAGUUCGGACAUUGCCAGAGUCAACAAACUCUACAAAUGUUCUCCAACUCUGACAGAAUCAGGCACAAUAAACAUCUAUAUCAAGUUGACAGAUGCCCCUGAGUGGCACAGAAUCUGGUCUGCCAAAGGGCAGCAGGGCACAGACUGGCAUCAAGUAGGCAUGGAGGCCUCUGAGUCACAGAAGCUGCAGGUGAUGGUGGAAGGUGUCAUUGGCCCGGACGCAGGGAGUGAUGUUGGCAUUGAUGACCUGUCUGUCUGUGUGGCAGAGUGUCGGGGAGGCUGUGACGAGCUGAUUGCUUGA